GAGAGAGAGAGAGAGAGAGAGAGAGAAAGAGCUGUGAAUGGUGAAGUAGCAGGGGAGGGCAGGCAGAGAAAAGGCGAGAGAGAAAGCGGCUGGCCUUUGUAGUCGGCCGAGGAAUGCGGAAACGUCCCUGCUCUGUGUCAAACUCCUCCGGAGGGGGUCGAGGCAACAUUCAGCCCAGCGUGGGAAAGCGACGGGCAGAGCGAGCUCACCGAGCAGCUCAGCGCACCACACUCUCUCCGCUUAGAUGGGAAAACGCGUAGUGGGGGAAAACGACGCACGGUAGAUUAGCCGAGCUGAGGAUAUAAGCAGAUCUCGUUGCGCGCUCACUGAAGGCUUGGGGAGAGAAAAGAAACAGUAAGUCGUUGCGUUAAGCUCAGUGUGCCGGAGUGGCGCAGGCGCUGGCGCAGGCAGGAUGGGGGUUAAAGCGCUGCAGCCGCCGACUACCUGUGUGGCCUCGCUAGGACACUCCGGGAUGUAGAAGGGGGCGAGAGAACUAAAAAAAAAAACGCUUCUGCUAUUCUUUCCUGCAUUUUUUUUUUAAUAGACGUAAACGCUUGUAGCGUGAUUUACAUUUCAGUGAGAAACUAAAAGGGGCAACGCACGUGCAGAAGUAGCGCUGUUUCUCCCGGUCAUGGCUUCGUGAAAGAGGCUCACCAGGCACGUUUUCGGGAUUCCCCGGGGCAGGGCUGCACCCAAGCACAAAGACGCCCGUGCCAGAAAGACAAGUAGACAGAAAAAAACAUGGACAAAGAAGUCCUAAACCAGCAGUAUGAGCCCGUGGCUGAGAUCGGCGAGGGCGCGUACGGGAAGGUGUACAAGGCGCGCGACCUGAAGAACGGACGCUUCGUGGCGCUGAAACGGGUGCGCGUGCAAACCGAGGAAGAGGGUAUGCCUCUGUCCACUAUCCGCGAGGUGGCAGUACUGAGGCAGCUCGAGUCAUUCGAGCACCCCAACGUGGUCAGGUUGUUUGAUGUCUGUACAGUUUCUAGAACUGAUCGAGAGACCAAACUGACUCUGGUCUUUGAGCAUGUGGACCAAGACUUGACCACAUACCUAGAAAAAGCACCUGAUCCAGGAGUGCCACCCGAAACCAUAAAGGACAUGAUGUACCAGUUGUUGCAGGGGUUGGACUUCCUCCAUUCACACCGUGUGGUUCACAGAGACCUGAAACCUCAGAAUAUACUGGUAACCAGUGGAGGUCAGAUCAAACUGGCAGACUUUGGCCUGGCACGCAUAUACAGCUUUCAGAUGGCGCUUACUUCAGUGGUGGUCACUCUUUGGUAUCGAGCUCCAGAAGUGCUCCUCCAGUCGAGCUAUGCAACCCCGGUGGAUCUGUGGAGCGUGGGCUGCAUCUUUGCUGAGAUGUUCCGAAGAAGACCGCUUUUCCGUGGGAAUUCUGAUGUUGACCAGCUGGGAAAAAUUUUUGAUGUGGUUGGUGUCCCUCCUCCUGAAGACUGGCCCCAGGAAGUGGGUUUGCCUCAGAGUGCCUUUCCCCCUCGUCCAGCUCAGCCUAUAGAAGACCUGGUGCCUGAUAUGGAUGAGCUUGGAAAAUCACUUCUACUUAAAUUUCUGUCGUUCAACCCGGGCCGAAGGAUAUCGGCUUAUGAUGCCCUGUCUCACCCAUACUUUCAUAGCCUAGACAGCACCAGCAAGAGUCUCUAUGUGCAACCCUUCCCCAGCAAAAAGGCCUCCCUGGAGGAGAGAGCUGCUUGAAAGACAUUCCUUUUUUAUAGACUUACUGGCACAAGCCCCCUUUUUUAUCCUGUCUUCCAUUGCCACAUUACAUGCUGCUUUUAGGCCUUGUUGAAGUAUUACCACAAAUUUUGGUUGAUGCAUUUUCACUGCAGUUGGUAAUAUCACUGCCUGGGACAAUUUACAAAAAACAAAAAAACAUCAAAAGCUGCUUUCCUACCUGCCUGUCUUCCUUAGCAGGAAGUCCCUCUGCUCAGAUGAAACUCCACUGCCAGAUAUCUGAUACAGCGGCUGCUACACCAUGUUGUCAGGGAUCACUACGUCUUGACGAACAUCAGAAAAAUAUAACUGCCAGGACUUCUUAACUGCCUAAAUCAUACUUCUCUAAAUCAGCAAGUUCACUGCCUGUGACUGACCCAAUUGGAUUCUAAAAGCCUAUAAAAAAAUAUAGUUAUCACUGCUAAUGUGGGUCUGUUGAACAGAACCACACUCUAGAAGAUGGAAUUGCACACGUACACUCUUUUGUGCCUGCUCCGAGACUGCUCAGAUUUAUGGGUCAAAGCAUUUAGAUAAAUUAUCUGUUAGUUUAUCCCCCAAGGCUGGUCUUUGUGGACCUUGACAGCAGUGGAGACACAUUUCAAAUCGUGCCUUACAGAAAAGGAGAAAUCAUACGGCUAUGGUUUAACCCUCACCACUGUCGAGGCCUGGUUCACGCUUUAUUAACCCAGGAGACACCCAACACUUCAGGCUGGUUUUCUGGACACAGUCUAAGUCUGGUUUAUGCUUCAUCAUUAAUAUUUUAUAGAACCUCUGAAAAAGGAUUAUUAGACAGUAAGUAGGGAUGACAUAGACUUAGACACUGAAUUUCUUAAUAUGGGAUUUCACAAUAUCUGUAAAAUAAUGAUUCAUCAUCUCAGCUGUGUUGGGCAGUAAAUUUUAUUAAAUGAGUUAUCUGCGAAACUUUAACGGUUUUGUCAGACAUAUCAAUUGGGACAUAUCAAUUGGGACAUCCUAUAUUGUUGUAAAUGCAUUUUUGUAAAUAUUGGUGCAUUUUUACCUUGUACCCAGUGUUUCCAGUGGAUCCUUUAAAAUCCACACCAGGACAAAGCGAUUACUGAAAAUGAACGAAUGAACGAAUCAACAAAUUUACUUAACUCUAUUGAUAUUUUUAUAAAAGCAACAUUAAGAAAAUCAAACAGUUUGGCUGUUAUUCUUAUUCCUGUUGAACUCUUGACAAGCUCACUGACAUGUUCCCAAAUUGCUACUGGGAAAUGUAGUAACUAAUAACUAAUACAGCCCAACAUUGUGUUUUAGACCACCUUCAGACUGGAAUUUCUUCAAAAAUCUUGUCACAGAGUCGAAGCUGCCACCAGUUCCCACUGCUUUCCUCCUGCUAGCCAAUAGAAGCAGAACUGGGUGGCCCAUUUGGACGUUUGUUUUCGAAAAUUAACUUUCCUGAAUUUUUUUCGCACCCCUCUCUCGUCUCUAAAUUGCUUUUAUUACCUCUGGAAAGAAGCAUAAACCAGUCUUGACCAGUGUAGUUUAGUGUCUGGAAGCCUGGCUCUUACACUCAAGAAUAUAGAAACAUAUUUUAGGCUACAUCUAAACAGACUGUUCUUUCUACACUGUUCAUUUAUUUUUUUUGAUAUCAGUGUUGAUUGUUGAUGAAUUAUUGUGGUUAAGUCUUAAUUUUAGUUGACUUGAAGUUGUAUGUGUAAGGGUAUGUCUGACAUGUAUAUUAUACAGUAUUUACAUACUCUGAAGUUGUGUAAAUGGAGUAGUAACUCCUUGUUUAGUUAGUGGGCUGACCCUCACAGGGAAGUAACUAAAGAGGAGUAACUGGCAGGUGCUUUGAGAAAUAAUUGUAGUGCAGUAAUGAUUGAGCAAGUAGAAAAUGUCUAGCUUUAGAGAAUGAAUGAGGUGACAAAGGUUCUUUUUGAGAGAUUGAGAUUGCUUUGAUUAGAUUGCGUGAAGAGGUUGAGGAAGGUUAUGUAAUAACUGUGUUUUUACCGAAAUUUAGGACUUGUACAUUUCCAUUUGACCUUCCAUUAUUUGAUUCACUCAAGUCUGGAUUGAUGAUAGACAAGUAGAUCAGAGACAUCGUGCUUUUGGUCUGCCUCUUUGCAUGACUUAGAAGGGAGGAAGGAAAAGAAGAAGGAAGAAUGCUGCUUUAGUAAUUUAGGAUGUGGCCCAUGAGCCUGGUCCAAGAUGAGGCUAAACAGAAGAGAACAACACCCAGAUGCCAUGCCGUAAACCUUUAUUCACAGGUUCAUCCAGAUAAGCACUGGUGCUUCCUUCAUACACUCAGGAUCACAGUAGAUUCAAUGGUUCAUACUUAUCAGAUAGCUCUAGCUUUACAGUUGAUCUGUGAUGGAUUCCUUUCAUAGUAAAGAAUAAUAUCUGAUAAAUAUAACUCACUCUACCACACACACUCAGGUCUAUUUAUGGUUGUAUGCAUAGAUUCAACAGGUUUCAUAUCUGUUUCAGUUUAAUCAUUGUUUUAACAUUAGUGUAUAGUAAAUUCAAACUGCAAAUUAGUCACUGUAUUAAUUCCAAAAUAGCAGAGUAAAAUAAAUGUUGCUGUCAAGCUAUUUAUGGCUAUAUUUACAUACAUGUUCAUCGGAUUACUGGUAUCAUUAGACGUUUUAAUAAUUAACACUGUUACAGUCUGAACUUUAUUUAUGAAUAUUUGCAAUUAUUAAUUUCUUAUAGUCUAGGAAACUGGACUUGGGUUUUAAUCGUGAAGACAUGUCACAAUUUGUCUGUUGUGCAACAUAAACACUGACCAGUGUAGUGAGGAAUUUCCAUAGUUGUAUGUUAAUUAAACACAUUAACCACUUAGAUGAACAGGAGAUCAAAUUCCUCUGGCCAGGACCCAGCUGUCUAACUACACCUGAAAGACAGGCAACAACGUUAAUCUGCAACACCACUGAUGACCUAUUUACAUUGCUGACGUGACAUAUUCACCCCAGACGUUUUACAUCAAUUCACACUUGCACAUCUAAUAGUUACUCCAGUCUCAUUAUGUCCAGGUGUAGGGUAGUGGGAAAUUUUCAGGCAUUCAGCAGAGCUGAUGAAGCCUUCGUGAUUAAAAUGCAAGUCCAUAGCGGAUUACAAGACAUUCAGGACAUGUAUAUGUGUGGCGGUUUGGGAAAAACCCUGUCAGAUAUUGCAGCGGCUGAACCUGAAAAUCAGCCAAAAACAAACGAAAAAAGGUUUUGACCAAAAUUGGGUUCUUCAGACUUUAACAUACAUAAAGACCUUGUGAUAAUAAAUCAUACGUAUAUUCCACCCAGAAACAAUAUUUAACAAAAAGUGGCAGUUUAACAAAAAGGCCUGCCAAAAACCUUGUUAACUGAGUGUGAUUUCCAUUGAUAGGAUAUGCUGUAGUGAAAUGCAUUUAAAGUUACAAUUCAUCCAGUAUUUAAUCAUAUACUGUUCAAAUGUCCAUAAAGCUCCUUUACUGCAUGGACUUGUAAUGACAAGGGUUUCCCCAAGUCCCCACACAUGUGGAUUUAUAAUAAAACAUUAGAUGAUGGUUGCUGUUUCUUCUGACAUUUUACUGCUAACAUUCCUUCAAUUUUUUUUGUUUGUGUGUGUGUUUGUGUGUGUAUGUGUGUGUGUGUGGUGUUAAAAAUCUCUUCUUCUCUUUUGGGCAGUUCCUCAACACGAUUGUUUGUACAGACACAGCAUGUACUUUCCCUCUUCCAAAAAUGACGAGCAAAUGAGGAUUUUUUUUAGUGGGCAUUAGAUGUCACAAAGUACAGAUAUUUAGACAAGAAAGUGCCAAUAGUUCUCGUUUAAUUACAGAUUUCAUUGAGCACUAAGUCUUUUCUCUCACACAUAAAGUCCCAGUGGCUCAGAAUUAGUGCUACAUUAAAGAAUAAAGCUUUGGAAUGUAAACUUUUAGAAUAGUAACAAAAUUUGAAUGUUGACAUGACAUUUCAACAAAUUGCACCUUGAAAAUCACACAUCUCACAAUUUUGUGCAAUGUGAAACAUUAAAAAGGCUUUCUAAUGGAACUUCCUUUAUAAUUCUCAUUUGCUACCAAUAUUAUUACAUGAGGGUGAAGUAAAAAAAUAAAUUUAAUUAUUUCUCUUUUGUUUGUAAUUGUUUGCUUUAAUUGGAAAAUGAAAUGUAAUCAGUUGAUUUUAUUUAAUCAUUUAUAAAUGAUUUAUUUUUAUUUUAUUUUAUUGAAUUUGCUGGAUAUUGGUACUUUGCUUUUGUUUUUAUUUCUUAUCUUUCUUAUAUUUUGCCUCUACUUUAUUUUUUUUAUUUAUUGGCAUUUUAAUAGAAAUACAUUAAGGUUGCUGAGUGAGAAUGAAACCUGCCUAUUUAUCUGGUGGUGCAUUGACGGUGCUAUGAUAUAACAAUUUCUUAAACUUGAAAUGGAAUCACUAUCAAUAUGGGACAAAUCUUGUUUAUUGAAAAGCAAGAGUGAAUAUUCAAGAUUUCAGUAUUUCUUGACCAUUUUUUUUCAACAGACAUUUCCCAUAGAAAACAAAUGCAGUAAAUUUGAAAUACUUUAUAAUAAAAGGUAAUACUGCUGAUACAUUAAUCAUGUGCCUUAAAUUCCACACAUAACCAACAUACUUCCUGUGCAGGUCAAAUCUGUACCUCUACUGAAUUUCACAAAUUUUCUGAAAGUCGAACUACCUUGUUUAAAGCCAAAUCCAGUACUAUAAUGAACUAUUAUUGCUCUUUUAUUUUAUUUUUUUCCAUUUUAGUCUUUUUAUCACACAUAUGAACUCCGUUGUAUGUUGUAUUUCACUGGAAAAUUAAGAACUUUUUCAAGUUGUUUGCAUUUUUUUUCUUUCCAGAAUUUCCAUGUCUUUAACCUAAUAACAAAAAUAGCCAUUUUUUUGCAUUACUAUUAUACUUUGUUUUGUGUCUCUGUGUAAUCUUUACCUAAUUGAUCAUUCAUUCUGAUAUUUACUGAUUUGUUUUGUUGCUUAUUUUUUCUGCCUAGCAGCCUUUAAACAAUACACAGUAACCAAAAGUAGGUUUUAUUAAGUGAUGUGUUUUUGUCAUUAGCUGUAAGGAUGGUGUGUGGAUUUGUGAUCUACAUUGUUUGUUUCACUAACUUUGUUUGACUCUUAACAGUUCCUAAAAUGGUACUUAUAACACAUGUGGUUUAUAACGCAUGCAUAGAAGCAGUGAAAUAUUACAGAUUUCUUUUUAUUUUUUCCACUUUAUUUAUUUGCCCUGUUUUACUGUAUGGAAGAUGUCACAUAUUAUUCAUCAUCAGCUUUCAUUUUUGAGAAAUUGAGAUAUUCGGCAGCUUUUCGUGAGACCUAAUAUGACAGAUGAAUAUAAUUUUCUGUCAACAGUUCCUAAUAUAAACCAUUUUUUAAACCAUAAAAAGGCUAUUGUGAUUGGAUUACACCUUAUCAUUUGAGCAUUUGUUUACUUUUACCACUGAAUAUUCCCAAGAUUUCCCUGAACCAAAUUAAGGUGAAAAUACCAUUGGUUAUGGCACCGCACCAUUUUUAUUUGAUUUCACUUUUUAUCCUAACCUUAUUUUCUUGCAGAUAUUAUUUAUGGGCAAGAUUUUGUAUUUGUUUCAUUGUUUGUUUGCUGCUAAUUUUUCACAGCUUGGCUCAAAUAUAUGAUAAAAGAAAAAUGACCCUUCUAAAUUUGAUGCCAUUGUUAAAUAAGGCUGCUUUGUGCUCAUGUGUUGCAUUUGUAACUGCCUGACAUUUUUUUUGUUUGAUAUUUUUGUCCUUUAAAUAAAUAUUUUAAAAUGA